AUGCCCAACGAUCCGUCGGAUGAUCAGUUGAAGAACUAUAAGACGGCUUUUCCGGUGAGCUCCCCCCAAUCAACUGGGAGCAUUAACAAAUUCAAUUUCGUUUUCAGAAGCCGCAAGUGCUCACCACCUCAAAUGGCGCGCCGAUCUACUCGAAAACGGCGGUGCUGACGGCCGGACGUCGUGGUCCGAUGCUGAUGCAAGACGCCGUUUACAUAGAUGAAAUGGGGCACUUUGACCGGGAACGCAUCCCGGAACGAGUUGUGCACGCGAAGGGAGCCGGUGCUCAUGGAUACUUUGAAGUUACUCAUGACAUUACCAAGUACUGCAAGGCCGACAUCUUCAGCAAGAUCGGCAAGCAGACGCCAAUGCUCAUCCGCUUCUCGACGGUCGGCGGAGAGUCCGGAUCGGCGGACACGGCUCGCGAUCCGCGUGGAUUCGCCGUCAAGUUCUACACGGAGGAGGGCAACUGGGACCUCGUCGGCAACAACACUCCCAUCUUUUUCAUCCGCGACCCCAUCCACUUCCCCAACUUUAUUCACACCCAGAAGAGGAACCCGCAAACUCAUCUGAAGGACCCCAAUGCCAUGUUCGACUUCUGGCUGCAGCGUCCCGAAGGUCUGCACCAGGUGAUGUUCCUGUUCUCCGACCGCGGCACUCCUGAUGGUUACCGCCACAUGAACGGCUACGGAAGUCACACGUUCAAGAUGGUGAACAAGGACGGACAUCCGGUGUACUGCAAGUUCCACUUCAAGCCAGUCCAGGGCAUCAAGAACCUGACGGCUGAGCAGGCGGGCCGUCUCGCCGGCUCGGAUCCCGACUACGCCAUCCGCGACCUCUUCAACGCCAUCGAGAAGGGCGACUUCCCGGUGUGGAAGCUCUUCAUUCAGGUGAUGACGUUCGAGCAGGCCGAGAAGUGGGAGUUCAAUCCGUUCGAUGUGACCAAAGUGUGGCCGCACAAGGAUUUCCCGUUGAUCGAAGUCGGAAAGAUGGUGCUCAAUCGGAAUCCGAGAAACUAUUUUGCUGAGGUAAAUCGAGGGAGUUGAUAAGAUAAGAUACACGUGUCUAGAACGUUACUGUAGAUCAGAACUGGCUACCUCUCUCAGAUUUAAAGCCGGAGUCGGCAGUCAUGAGUUGUGAAACAACAUAGACCUUUACUGUAACUUAACUUCCAGGUCGAACAAGUGGCGUUCGCUCCGUCGCACGUGGUCCCGGGAGUCGAGUUCUCUCCGGAUAAGAUGCUCCAAGGCCGCAUCUUCUCCUACACAGACACCCAUUUCCACCGCCUCGGCCCCAACUACAUCCAACUGCCCGUCAACUGUCCGUACCGUUCGCGUGCGCACAACACCCAGCGCGACGGGCUCAUGGCGUACGAUAACCAGCAGCACGCGCCCAACUACUAUCCGAACAGCUUCAAUCUUGGCCGCACGCGUCCCGACGUGAAGGAUACGGUGUUCCAGGUGUCUGGCGACGUGGAUCGUUACGAGACGGCCGACGACAACAACUACGAGCAGCCGCGUCAGUUCUGGGAGCACGUGCUCGAUGCCGGAGCACGCGAGCGCAUGUGCCAGAACUUUGCGGGAGCUCUCGGCGGAUGCUACGAGUUCAUCGUCGCCGGAAUGCUCGAGCACUUCACUAAGGUGCAUCCGGACUUUGGCGCUCGCGUCAAGGCCAUCCUCCAGAGCCAGUCUCGUUCGCAUAUUUAA